GCCCCGCCGCGGCCUGGGCGCGAUGGCGCGGCCGGAGGGGCCCCCGACGCUGCCCGAGCCGCUGCGGCGGCGGCUGGUGUCCUUCAGCAGCUCCGUGUUCAGCGACAGCCCCCGCUCCGCGCUCGGCGACGGCCCCCGCGCCCCCCCGGGCUUCCCGGGCUACCGCGCAGAUUGUGAAAUCCUUUCCAGUUUGCCACUGCAGAUGUCCCUCUAUUUCAAUGUUUAUUUCUUCCCGUUCUGGUGGCUCAUCACAGUUGCCAUCCUCUACAUGAAGUAUCCAGCCUUAUCAGAUUAUUACAAGUUCAUCCUGGUCACCAUCAUGAUCCUGGUCUCUCUGACUGAGCUCAUUCGACUCUACCUGGGAUAUGUGGGCAAUCUCCUGGAGAAAGUCCCUGAGCUGGCUGGGUUUUGGCUCCUGACUCUCCUCCCGCAGUUGCCUAUAAUUCUCUUCUUGCUAUUUAAUGAAGGGCUGAAAAUCCACUCUCUGGAGCGAGCCGUCCACAUCAUCUUCGCCGCCUUCCUCUCCUUCCAAGUGGUGGCGGCGUUUUUCGCCCUCAGGAGGAUGGUGAACACUCUGGCCACCCGCUUCCGCCUCACCGAGUUCCACCGCCUGGAGGAGCAGCGCCCCGCGCCCGGCCUGAGCAGCCUGGGCGGCUCCCGGGGCUGGUAGGGCCGGAGAUCCCGCCCCGGAGCAGCACCCGGGGCCGGUAGGGCCGGAGAUCCCACCCCGAGCAGCUCCCGGGGCCGGUAGGGCCCCCAGAGCCUCAGGGGGUACCAAAGCCCGGCCCAGUGCACCCACAGUUCUGUUUCCAUUCUGUUGGGUCAUUCUUUGCCUUCUUGCCUCAGAGGUAUUAAAAAAAUAGCUCUCGCUCGAGAGCCAACAUUAAACCUCAGAGGAUGGAGCUCCUGUCUGCAAGGAAAAUCAAAGCCAAUUGCAUAACUGACCUGAGUGGACUGUUUGUGGACUGAGUAGAUUUGGAGGGUUUUACAAAGUUGUGGCAUUUUUAAAACGUCAGAAGCCUUUUUCCUCACUGUUUGCACAAAAUUCUUUUGUUUACAAUAAAUCUUUUCUACACUUUUUUGUGUUGGUGUCACAGACAUUCUUUCAUAAAAAUCCUUUCUUUGAGGAGUUUUCCUCUUCUGGGAAGCUGAGGCCCCAGAAGAAAAAUGUAAACAAUUGUUAUCGGCUGCUGUGGAAUGUAGCAGGUGCACCUGUGAUUGGCCCAUGUUCGAUGUUUACAAUUAAGGGCCAAUCACAGGACAAAGCUCUCUGGGAGACUGAUUCACAGAGAGCUCUCUUGUUUGAGAUUCCUAUUCUAUUCUUAGCUUAGCAGCUUCUGAACUUUUCCCUCUAUUCCUAUUAGUAUAGUCAUAAUGUAUUAUAUAUCAUAAAUU